AGGGAAGCCGCUGCCCCAGGGGUGGGGACGCUGACGGCUGAGAGAGCCCAGCCCCUACAUUCCCCCUGGGCUGGCGCGCUCGGGCUGGGCGGAGGGGAGGCGGUAUUGCGGGCAGCCUGCCCCUGGAAACACCUCCCCGGCGCGUCAUUGCCGGGAACGGGAGACCAGCUGCGGCCGCUAGUGCAGCUGCCUGCUCGUCGGCGACUCCGCAGGCCCGGGGCUGGAGCGCGCCGGGGGACCCGAUCCACGCACAGCAGCGCCGGUCUGGCCGGCCCCCGCCCCUGGUUCAAUGGAUUUAACAAGUGAACUAGAUUCUUUAAAAGAUGAUUCUAUGGAUCUGAAAGUUACUGACCAUUCUGGCACACAGACAGAUGAGGUUGACAAUCUUAAAGAAGAACUAGAAAAAUGGAAGGAAAGGCUUGAAAAAGCUGAAAAACAAAAAGAUGAGCUCCUUCUUUUGAAACUAAGUGCUGAUGAAAAGAGAGACCAGGCACAAGAUGAGCUGAGAAAGCUAAUGCAUUUCGAAGAGGAGCAAUAUAAGGAAAGCAUUAUAAGAAAGGAAAACCAGGAGAGAAAUCUUACUGUAGUAAAGCAACAAAAUAUUGAGCUGCAGAGGGAGAUUCAGAAGCUCAGAGAUGACAUUGCAGCAAAGAGUUCAAAGCUUUCACAGGAUUUUCGGAUUAAAAGAGAGAUACAGAAAAAGACAAUGAAGUUUACUGGGAUGAAAAAUGCUGAGAGUGAUGACACAGUUUUGAAUACUUGCUGCCUUUUUCACAUAGCUGCAAAAAUUCCAUUCAGAUUGCAGCAAAGACAAGCUCUUCUCACUUUUGAAGAGGAGGAUGUUGCCCAGAAACUGAUAAGAAGAGGUAAGCAUACUGUGAGCCUGGAUAAUGAAAAGAUAGAGUUGAAAGCAAUGCCGGUUACACUAGAAACAGGAGUCAAAUUUGAGCUCCAUGUCACAAUUUCUGGAGAGAAGAUCAAUAUUUCUGAAGUACCAGAUCUACCAAUACCUGAUGAGUGGAUCAGAGAUAAAUUAGAAUUGAAUUUCUACAAAUCCAAACAAGGAGGAGGAGAAGUAAAGGAUGUGAGAUAUGACAGAAGGUCUCGCACAGCCAUUAUUACAUUCCUCAAACCUGGAGUUGCUGACAACUGUAUGAGACGUACAAAGCAUCCUUUCUGCAUAAAUGAAAAGCGCUUUAUGCUUUCUAUUUCCCCAAGCAUAGAAAAGCACUUGGAAAAAUUUCAGGUAUUUUCUGGGAUUUCCAAGAGGACCAUACUGCUGUCAGAAAUUCAAGAGGUUGAGGAGGAUGAGGAGAGCAUGCAGGAUAUGAUAGAAAUUCAUUUUCAGAAGCCUAGCAAUGACGGCGGGGAAAUCGAGAACAUCAAAUAUGUAGCAACAGGAACUAAACUAGCAUAUUUUGAGGAAGAUACUGAGAAUGUGGCAUGAAGCUUUACCGCUGGGGCUUUUACUUUGCCCAGUGUGACAUAGUAUAAUGGAAAAAUGUUGCAGACUUUUAGUCUUUUUAAUAUCUGUGCUUUUUAAUCUUCAAAAUUUACACUUGAAAAGAAGAACUGCCUGCCUUUCCUUCCUUUCACCUGCAUGAUGACAAGACUCUUAGAGUAUGUCUACACAGCCGUUAAACACCUGCUGCUGGCCUGGAUCAGCUGACUCAAACUCAGGGGGCUUGGGCUGCAGGGCUGUAAAAUUGCGAUGUAGAUGUUCAGGCUCAGGCUGGAGCCCAGGCUCUGGGACCCCACAAGGUGGGACAGUCCCAGAGCCUGAACAUGUACACUGCAAUUUUAAAGCCCCACAACCUGAGUCAGCUGACUCAGCCUAGCCUCUCGUAUUUAACUGCUGUGUAGACAUACCUUUACGGUCUCGAGAGCACAGCUAUGUGAAACUCACUGGUUCUGGCUUGCUGAGGUUCCUUGUAAAGUUCAGCAAUAAAUAUUACACAAAGCCGAGAUCUCCGUGCAAAACUCAUCUGAAACCUUAGAGUUUGCUUAAUAUACGUGGGUCCACCAAACCCCUUAAUCCCUCACCAGCACCUGAAACUUGAUCAAGGUUGCUUUCUGCAAAUCAGAUGUGAGUUUUGCAUGAAUAACAAAACCCAAAACUUGAUAGAUUUUUCCUACUUGAGGUUUUUGUUAGGAAAGCUUUACAUCACUGCUCAAAGGUAAUUUAAAGUGUUUCUCCUUCAUACAGUGUAUAGCCCAAUAGGACUCCAAUCCUGAUCAGAUCCUUUGGUGCUGCCAUAAUACAAGCAACUGAUAAUUAUUCUGUAACUUUAUAGGACUCUAUAAUCAAAUUAGCUAUGGAAUGUCCAUAAUGAAGAAAGUGAUAUGUAGUUUUUCAAAUGUGCUUAUGAUCAAAAAGGGGAGUGUUCAAAAAUGGCACCAGUGUACUCAUCAGUUGACAUCUGUUGGGCUAAGUUGUGCCUUUAAGGAACAGCUCGGAGCUGGUAGCAAAUGGCAUGGAGGUAAUCUUACUCCUGGGGGAAUUCUGGGCCACUGCACAUGCUCAGAAUUCAUGUGUCCCACAGAAUUUUAUUUUUCCCCACAGACAAUACUUUCUACCCCAAAAGUGCUGCAGUUCUGCCUUUCGCUCACCAGAGGCCACUGUGGCACCAGAACAGCCAACAGCAUGAAUGCAGCAGGCUGUUCUGGUGCCACAGCGGCCUCUGGUGGACAAAAGGCAGAACUGAAGCACUUCUGAGCAGAAUGUAUUUUUUGUGGGGGAAAAAAAAUUCUGUGCAUGUGCAGUGCCACAGAAUUCCCCCAGGAGUAGAAGUUCAUCACAGCACCUGGCCCGUGGAGCCAGGUUAGGACAGAGUGGGGCACAUGGGGCUGCUGGGGGAUCACAGACGAGUUCAGAAUGGCUAGUGGGGAGGACAGAUGGGGGGCUAGUGGGCUGUGGAGCUAGGGGGGUGACAGCGUUGACCCAGGGGUUGAAUGGGAGUGGGGGUGCAUAGCCACAUAGGGACAGGGGCUGCAGGGACCUAUCAGGAUGGAGGGAUGCGAGGACAGGGACAGAUGUGCCUGAUUGAAUGGGAGAGGCUUGUGAUCAGCCAGGGUCUGCAUGGGGGAGGCUCCCUAACAAUCCUGCCCUCUCCACCCCCCCAAACAAACAAAAAACUUCUCCCACCCACACCCAACAACCCUUCAGGUUCACUCCAGGCUCCUUCCCGCUUCCUCAGCUCCUCUGUUACUCCUGAAACUCCAGAGCUUUUGCACUGCUUCUGACGGGUGCAGGAAACACAGUUCUGUAUUGUAAUUUAAAUGAAUUACUCAAAGUUCUGUAUUAAUAUGCCUAGUAAGGAAUCUGUUUAUAAAAAAAAAAGUAAUUACCAGAAUCUCUAUUCUUUUGGUCUGUAUUGUUACAGACAUUCUUACUGACAUAUUUUGAAAUAAAUUACCAAAAUAAUUGAAACUGCCAUUAUAUUGUAUUAUUUUGACAAAUAA